AUGCUCGGCAUCGUCUACCGCGACCUUAAGCCGGAGAACAUCCUCAUCUGCUCCAAUGGCCACAUCAUGCUCUCCGACUUCGAUCUCUCCCUCCAGCCCACCUCCUCCCCAACCCUCGAGGCCGCCGCUGCCUCCGCCGAUGCCUCCGACGGCACUGACCACCCCUCCUGCCUCCCCGACUGCCUCUUCCGCCCUCGCAAGCCGGCCCCCCUCCCCUCCCCCUCCCGCCAGUUCGUCGCCGAGCCGAUCGCCGCCCGGUCCUGCUCCUUUGUCGGCACCCACGGGUACGUUGCCCCCGAGGUCGCCGCUGGCCACUCCCACGGCAGCGCCGUCGACUGGUGGGCCUACGGCGUCCUGCUCUAUGAGCUUUUCUACGGCCGGACUCCCUUCGCCAGGCCCAGUAACGUGGCCACCCUCCGCAACAUCGCCAAGCAGCCCCUCGCCUUCUCCCCAACUCGCGGCCCGGUCGACUCUGCUGCCCGAGACCUCAUCUCUGGCUAUUACUUGGUUUUUGAGGAAGAUCAUAUUGGCUCUCUUAGGUCUCAACAUGCAGACAUUGUUAGGGCUAUUCCUUCGUCAUCCCUCUCUACAACUCCUCCUUCUAGUCCCACCAUUAUUGAUGCUGUAGCUUCUGGUUCUUCAGUGUCUCCUGGCUCCUCCACAAAGCAGGAAUGUUGUUAUUGCAAACUACCUAUAUAG